AUGGUGCCCAAUGAAGAAAAGAAGGCAGCAGAAACUUGGGCACCACGGCGCCAGACUUGGGCGCCAUGGCACCAGUUUCGAGAGAAACUGUUUAUGCGAAGGGCGAGAAAUCUAGAUCUACUACUUGUUGAUCCUGAACCAGAACACACAUUUCGCAUUCUCAGAGGCAUACAAAGAAAUGAACGGGAAGCAAUGGCAGAACAGGAUGCUAGAGCAGCCAAUGAGGAUAACCAACAAAGGGCUAUUCAGGACUACUAUUCCAUCAUCGCACGCCCAACAAUUGCUGCAAACAAUUUCGAAUUGAAGCCAGGGUUGAUACAUAUGGUGCAGCAAAAUCAGUUUGGGGGUGCUGCAGUAGAAGACCCAAAUGCUCAUCUUGGAUCCUUUUUGGAAAUUUGUGACACGGUGAAGAUGAAUGGGGAUAAAGCAAAGGCUUGGUUCCAAUCACUACCGUAUGGCUCAAUUACAACUUGGGAUGAUUUGGCUAAAAAAUUCCUCACCGAAUACUUUCCACCUUCUAAAUCAGCUCAACUUUGCGGUGAAAUUAGCCAAUUCAAACAACUCGACUUCGAGCCAUUCUAUGAAGCUUGGGAAAGAUUUAAAGAUUUGCUUAGGAGAUGUCCUCAACAUGGGUUCCAGAAAUGGGUGCAAAUUGAGAUAUUUUAUAAUGGGCUAAAUGGGCAGACAAGGACUAUGGUAGAUGCAGCUGCGAGAGGCAUUUUAAUGGCUAAAACAGCAGAGGAUGCAUAUGCUUUAUUGGAUGAUAUAGCCACCAACAGUUACCAAUGGCUAAGUAAGAGAUCAGGUGUAAAGAAAGUAGUAGGACUUCAUGAAGUGGAUCCCAUCACCGUACUAGCAGCUCAGGUUGCAUCACUCACAAAUCAGAUAGUGACGCUUACCACUCAAGGAAAUCAACAGAAGGUAGAUUUAGUCAUGAGUACUUCUUCUUCACACCAAGAGACAGAGGUUGCAAACGAGCAGGCCCAAUAUGUCAACAGUAAAAACUACAAUCAAAGAGGAAGCUACCAAGCUAAUCACUAUCAUCCAGGGCUGAGGAAUCACGAGAACUUGUCAUAUGGCAACAAUAGAAACACACUUCAACCUCCACCCGAAUUCAACACUCAGAAUUCUGAUGGGAAACCACCCUUGGAAGUCAUCCUUGGGACGUUCAUUUCUGAGAGAAGAUCACGCUUCAACAAAGAUGAAUUACGGUUAGAUAAUAUUGAAACACAUGUGUCCAACAUGGGAGCCACAAUGAAGAAUCUUGAAGUGCAAAUUGGCCAAUUGGCUACCUCAAGGAAGUCUCAGCAAGAAAGGAAAAUUUCCCAGUGA